AGAAGAGUAUUUUCGAUUCAUUCUUCGAGAAUAGCAAAUUAAGGAGGGCAAGAGGAAAGAUAAUUAAACGUUGUUCAAAUAAAAUAUCAUUCGAAUUCCUACAAACAUCUAUAAUUCUCUAAUCUGGUUGUCCUACCUCUUACAUACACAUACAACAUCCGCCCAUCCCUUGUGUCAGUGUUCAAACUUGCAUCGACAAUUUGAACAUGACGAAAGGCGUAACGUGUACAGAUGGAUAUUGCGUGUGCGAGAAUAAUGGGCAAAUGAAGAACUGCUCCAGCAGUAAUAUACAGCAUAACAAAAUUACAGGGUCCACAAUAUUCCAAACUUGCAAGAUCGAUCAAAAUUGUGGGAUUAAUAACACUAUUUGCAACACAACGAAAAGUCAAUGCGAAUGUCGGAAGGGCUACGUUUUGUCAAGUAGCAAAAGAGAAUGCCUUAAAAAAGCUGAUGCAUUGGAUUUUCCGUGCACGGACAACAUACAAUGCUUGGCAUACUUACCGAAUACGACGUGCCAAAAUAACCAAUGUAUCUGCAUCCCCGAAUACCAUUUUGUAACAAACGCUUGUUACAAAACGAUCGAUGUGGGAAAAUCAUGUAACAGAUCGCAGGAAUGCGCUCACGUGAACGGUGCUAUAUGUACGGAUAGAAACGUUUGUGAUUGUGCAGAAGCGACUGUGAUCAACAAGGAUCGAAAAAAAUGUUUGCGAGUCGCGGAAGAUAUCUUGGAAGAAUGCGAGGAAGACGUACAGUGCACUAAAAGCUUCCCAAACGCGUUAUGCGUUAAUCGAACGUGUCAGUGUCAAAGUGGAUAUCACUUCGAAUACACAGAGAAGCAAUGUUACAAUAACAAGAAACUUGGCGAGCCCUGUGGAAAUACGUACGAUUGUUACCAGGAGGAAAAUGGAAAUGUGACGGAAAAGGCAGUGAUAUGUGAGAAAAACGUGUGCAUGUGUGCAGAGAAUUACGAGAAAAAAGACGAUAGAUGUGUGAACGGAGGCUCGCAUCUUCUACCUGUUCUACCCACUUUCCUCGUGACGAUUAUUUGUUUCAUCUCCUUCAGACUCGACUAAACAUUUUCGAGCGAUCUAGAAAUCGUUGCCAGAAUAUGUACAUGUUCAUCAAGAAACAACGUACACGGGAGCAGUUUUGGUAUGCAGGCUUCUCGAUGACACAGCUGAAACACGACGCGAAAUUCAGCAAAGUGAGAAAAAGGUAGCAGAACACAGCGUGGCAUUGGAUGUCUCCGCGACUGCACAGAGUUACGCGUCGAGUACAUCGAGAGAAUAGGCUGGGUGCACCGAGCCGUUUAAAGACUUCCUGCGGCAUGCAUGCAAUUAACGCACUCAAAGCGCGCUACUGCGACUCGUUUUCGUAGCCUCGUCUACCUUAUAGGUCAUUUCAAUACCAAAGAAAUGGAUAUGUUUGCCAACAAGUGGAAAUUAAAUAAUCGUCUAACCCAACAUCUCGUUUCGUUCAAAUUUUACCUCGGUGAUUACGGCAAUAUUUAUGAGAAACUGAUAUUCGAUUAUGCAACGUGAAGCAUAUUAUGACUUGUUUAGACGCCAACCGCUCACGUUUGGAAUCCCAAAACAAUUAUAAACCAGGAGUAUAGUAAUGUUUUACUCCUUUUAUAACAGUCUUACAGUAUUUAUAGAUUUAUAAGUGAUUAAUUAAGCUCUUAAUUUUAUCUAAAUUAGAAUGAAUGAACGUUUUAAGAACUCCUUAUGAGUUCUUCCAAAAUUGGUUUCUCCUUUUUAGUCUCAGUCUUUUAGCUAUUUUAGUUUUUCUAAGGAAACAACACAUCAUCUUUUUAUAUCUAAGUGAAUAUAUAAGUAGGCGUCGAUAAUUUCCCACUAAUUUCAUAUCUAUCGUUUUCGAUAUCGUUAUACUCAGAAUAAGAUAUUAUUUUUCUCGAGUUAUUAUACUACCAUUUUUAAUAUAUAUACAUCUAUAAAGAAUUGCCUUUUUUAUCUUGUA